UACAUCUUGCGUGAACUCCAUAAAUGUACCAAGACAGGUUAAAAGUAAAUAAACAAAAAAAAUUACUCAAAAACGCAGGGAACGAUUUCGAUCGAAUGAAAUUACAAAAUAAAAAUACUAGAUCGAAACAAACUCCUGAAUGUUAUUUCCAUGAAAGGAAUAUUUGACAACAACGAGAGAAAAGGACGUCUUCAUCAUUCAGCAAUCCAUCAUACAUAUAACCAAGGAAUUUCAAUAUUUCCCGAACAGCUAAGAGUGGCGUUUUAUUAGUGGUAUUUACAUAUCAUUAGAAAAAUGUAUGCGCCAUUUUUACAGCCUGAGCCAGAUCGUCCACCGUCAUCUUCCAGAAUAAGUGACAUGGGCUUAUGGGAUGCUGAGACUAGACUGUGGAUUACUCAUAUAAGACGAUCGCUUGACGCUUACGUGAGAGCAAUAAAUCCAAAUUAUAACGAGUAUGAUGUUGAGGCAGAUUUGAACCAACUAACGAUAUCACCUUCUAGACGUGGACCCAACGCAGAGCAAAUAAAUAAUUAUACGAACUUUCUAGCCCCUGCACAUGUACCCCUUGCUAGGGAAGAUUUGUACCCACGAAGGUAUUCACCUCCUAGACCUGCACAACCUACACAACCUGCAAGACCUGCACAACCUACACAACCUGCAAGACCUGCACAACCUACACAAGCUGCAAGACUUGCACAACCUACACAACCUGCAAGACCUGCACAACCUACACAACCUGCAAGACCUGCACAACCUACACAACCUGCAAGACCUGCACAACCUACACAACCUGCAAGACCUGCACAACCUACACAACCUGCAAGACCUGCACAACCUAUACAACCUGCACAGUUGGGGAUGCAAGGAAAUGCCUAUAUGAACUUUCCGAACCUCUCACAACCACCACCUGCUAGAGGAGGUAUGUACAUAGGUGGGAUAGCAUCUCCUAGACAUCCACCCAUAACUGUGCAAGGAAAUCCAUAUGGAAACUUUAUCAACAUUGCACAACCACCACCUCCUAGGGAAGGUAUGUACCUGCAAGGGAUGUCAUCUCCUAGACCUACAGCCACAUUUGUACAAGGAAAUCCUUAUGGACAUUUUCUGAUCGCUGCUCCGCAACCACAACCUGUUGGGGCAGGUAUAUACCUACGAAGGUUAUCACCUCCUAGAUUUGCACAAGCAACUGUGCAAGGAAACCCCUAUGGAACCUUUAUGACCAACAUACCACCACCAACUGCUAGUGCAGGUAUGUACGUACAAAGCUUAUCAUCUCCUAGACCUCCACCUGUAAUUUUGCAAAGAAAUCCCUACACAAACUGGCCGCCCACGGCACAAGCACAACCACAACCACAAGCACAAGCCAACGAAGGAAUUAGUUCAAACAAACCACAAGAACAACCUGUGAAGGAGGAAGUGCGCGAGAAUAUACAAACAACAAACAAUGAGCCUGAAAUGGCGGAAACGGAAUGCGCAGGUGCGGUACAAUGUCCGGUAAAUUCCGAACCACCGAGGGAACAGGAACAGAAUGAGGCAUUGCAGGGCACCUCUAACGGUAGGUCUAGGAAGCAGAAAAAGAACUUCAAGCCCCUCCCUAUCGUUUAUCCGCCAAUUGUGCAGGAAAAUCCUGAACAUCCGUACCUCUUGAAUCCGGAUGAACCAGUAUCGCAAGAUGAAGAAGAAGUCUACGAUCAAAAUCCGUAUCACCAUCAGAAUCAGAAUGUGAAUCGGCAACAGCAUUACGAUCACGGUAACAGUGGAGCUCAUCAUACAGGUCGAAAUCAAAAUCGCAAUCAACAAUACCAUCAAAACCAAUCUUACAACCCAAAUCAGAUUCCUAAUCAGGGUAACCCACAAAAUCAAAAUUACACUCAGAAUCCAAUGUUCCCACAAUAUCAAAAUCAGGUUCAAAAUCGAAACUUCAUCAGAAAUCUACAUCAGGAAUACAACACUGGUCACAACUUUAAUCGGAACCCGAGGUCUAAUCCGAAUCAAAGCGAAGGUCAGACAUACGAUCCACAUGAAACAGGCAAUUAUAUGCAGCAGGCUCAUUUCUAUCAAGAACCAAAUAAUCUUUCGAGAAGACAGAGGAGAAAGAACAAGAGGAAAAAUUGAACGAUAGCCUUUAUUGGUACAGAGCAUAAGCCACAAAGUUCUCAUCUUAUAUCUUAUUAGCAGAAUAAGCAGAUUUCAAAUAAUCAAGAGGGUAUGUAUAUCAAGAAUUAGUACAGCUUUGUAGUGAGUUCAUGUGAUUCGAUGAUAUUGAAGACGUCCAUAUUAUGGUACUCCUUUGUAAAAGUCAUGACGAAUCGGUUCCUGGAAUCAAACGAAAAAAGAAUUGGAACUGAGAUAUGACAAACAUCCUCUUCAAAGAGAAGAUAAAUCAGAAAAUACUCGCUUCUUGGGCACACUUGCAAUUUAUUCUUGUGGAUCUACGUAGAAAAAAUAAUCAACUAGCUUAGUUUAUUUAUUACUCCUGACGACAGAUGAAGAAGCAUACGAUUAAAAUGGAGCAUUUUCAUCAAUUAGUCGUGAUUCAUUUUUACAUAAAUUGAAGCAAAAUUAUAGCAGAGAAUAAUAAUGAAAGGAAGAUGAAUACUAGGUGUGAUAAUCUAUCAAAUUUUAGCAACUUCACAGUAGGUUGAAAUUAUGAUCAGUCUUGAAACCAGAAGAAGUGCCAAAAAAUUAUCAUGGGACUUUCUAUUAUGAAUUUCAUAUGGAAUGUUGAACUUUGUAAAGAUGUGUUUUUUACUUAAUCUUAAAGUGUUCAACGCUUAAUUUAACGAUAUUUCAAUUCAAUUGCAUUCAUAAAAAUGGCCAUCAAAGUUUCGGUAUCAACAUUUCGUUCAUUGGUUGGAAGUAUUUCAGAUUAGAUAAUUAUAAUACUAUUUUACACUGAUUCAUUCAUUUUAUCUUUUUAUAUUGACACAGAAUAUUUUUUCGACGCCAUUUUUCAAGUAUAAUCCUUCCGAAUUUUUUGUUUGGAUAAUAAUAAUUAUUAUUUCGUCAUAAUAUAACUUACUGAGAUAUACUAUAAAAAACUUGUUCUAAAUUUUGACCAAUUUCACUAGAAAUAAUAUUUGCUUAUCGCCCAUUCGUGUAUUCUAUGUACGUACAACAUUUUACUAAAAAAUAGUAUUCGUGAUAUACUGAUAUACCUCCAAUUCAGUUUCAUCUGGUUCAUUUUUCAGAAUUUAAAUGUGGAAUGUUAUUAUUUUUGUGUUUAUGUUUGAUGAUACUCGAUUUCUGUAAUUGUACUGUACAUAUUUGAUCUUUCUGUAUAUAUUUUUCAUUUUAUAUACCCCUAUGUGUUCAAUAUCGUCUGUUUCUUGAGAAAAGGUGACCCAAAAAUAAUUUAACAUUAGUUAGAAAACAAAAUUUUCUUUGCUUACACUUGAAAUUUAAACAUAUUUCUCAGGACUGACUUUUCUUUUGAAUUACGCAAUGAUAUUUUCCAUGAAUGAUUGUUGUUGAUCUCAAAACAUUCUAAAUAUCAUUCCCUCUUUUGUCUUAUUGAGAAUAUCUUUAUUACAAUGAAUCCUUUCCGAAAUGGCUUAUUGUUUGUUAAAGUCAGUUAAGUCUUAAAGGUACUGCUUUUUUCUACUGUAUAAGUAGAUAUAAAUAAUAUGACAAUUGUUGAUUUGUAUUCUUAGUUGCAUUUUAACAGAGCUUUGUGCAAAAUGUCUUGUUCCUUAUAUUAAAUAAAAAUGUCUUUUAUAUUUCUCAUAAUUUUUACUAUAUGUUGUAAGAUAUUGAAUAAACCUAAAAAAUGUUUUUUGAA